UGUACCGUUAUGCGAGGCUCUGCCUUCUGCGUGUAGCCAAAUAUUGUUUAUUAUUUCCAAAACGAGCGAGCAACACAUCGACUGAGAUGCUAAUUGUCUCAUGUUUCACCUGUGAUUGGGAAAUAAGGCCAAUUGUGCACGCGAAGCCACGAUAAUGCAUCCGGUGCCUUCAUGCUCCCUGGAUGACGAAGACAUAUUUGACUUUAUACAGACAGGAAACAUUGAACAAUGUGCACUCUUCAUUGAAAGUGACAAAUUGAUCCUCAGGGAGAAAGGCUGGGGCGGUUUUACUCCGCUCCACUAUGCUGCCCUGCAUGGCAACUCUGCACUGGUCGACCUUUUCCUCAGCAACGCCGCUGACCCCAACCUGGCGUGCGACGCGGGACAGACGGCGUUUCACUUUGCAUGCAGGCAGGGAAACGUUUACAUCAUUCAUAAAAUGAUGCAGCACGGAGCUGAUCUGCGCCUCGUAGAUCUGCAAGGAAAAUCGGCUUUGCACCAUGCGGUGACUGGAGGCAGCAUCAUUGCGGUGCACUAUUUGUGGGAGACGGAAAUGCUGCGUUUCACGGACACAGACAUGCACCGGGUGACGCCCCUCCACCUUGCAGCAUCUACAGGCAACACAGAUAUGGUCCAGUACCUUCUCAAACAACAGCGCUGUGCUGCGGAUGACGUCGACCAGCAGGGGUGGACGGCUCUGCACGUUGCAGCAGAGCGGGGCGGCGUGGAGGUGUGCUGGAUGCUGCUGCAGAAAGCUGGGUGCAGGGUGCUUCAUGAGAAAAACUUCAACGGACUGACGCCCCUGGACCUCAGCAGGCAGGGGAAAACAUUUAGGCAUAAACAGCUCACCAAACUACUGAGUCAGUACAUGAACGUGCCAAUCUACCACAAGCCCAAAGAGUCUGAUGCUUUGUACUACUGGACGCUGUUUUUCCCCGGCCUGAGCGGAACCGUCAUUCUGCUGAUAGCAGCCGUGAUGGGAGGUUACGGUGGUCUCCUUUGCAGCGUACUCUUCCCCUGGCUUGCCAGAAGCAUCUUCACACAAUACCACCGCAUGGCCACCUAUCAAAGGUUACCCAACCCCAUUUACUUGGGAACCCUCAUGGCCGGACUGCUUCAUUCCCUGCUUUGCUUUUAUUGGAAAAUAAUAGCUAGUUCUGAGCCGACCGGUGUCCUGGUCCAGGUGUCUAUGUUCCACUUCUGCCUCGUCCUCGCUUUGUUCUGCAAGGUUCUGAGUCAGGACCCCGGGUCUUUGGAUAGAACAGAAGCAGAUCCUCGGUUCUCUUGUGUUGCUGACCUGGUGGAGAAUAACCAGAGCCCUCGCAGGUUCUGUCCCUACUGUGAGCUGUUCCAGCCCGACCACACCAAGCACUGCAAGCUGUGCAACGUGUGCAUUAAAGACUACGACCACCACUGCCUUUUCCUCAACCGCUGCGUCGGCCGGGCAGAGAUGCCGACGUACACGGUGACCGUUGCCACUGGGGAGCAGCGCUUUUCAGGGACGAACAAUUACGUCUACAUAACACUGGUGGCCACUGAGGGAUGCAGCAAGAGGACCCUGCUGGAUAAAGCUCUGCACAAUGACUUGGAGAGGGGAGCGGUGCAGUCCUACCCAGUGGAGGUGCAAGAGAACCUGGGUGAGCUUAUGUUGGUGAAGCUGGAGAAGAACAAGCACUUGGUGCUGGAUGACUGGUACUGCAGGUACGUCUCCGUGAAGACCCCAGACGGAGACAUUGUGGAGUUCCCCUGCUAUCGAUGGCUGCUGGAUGGCAAGGAAGUGACACUACGGGACGGACGAGCUUUCCUGCCUCAGGAUGAUAAGACAAGUCUGCUUAAGAAGCACAGGCAAAACGAGCUGGAAAUGAGGCGCAAAAUCUACAGAUGGAUGGAGUGGAAGCCGGGCUUUCCGAGGAGCAUAGAUGCAAACAGACAAAAGGAUUUGCCUCGAGACAUCCAGUUUGAGAGCGACAAAGAAGGGGAUUUUGCAUUGAACUAUGGAAAAGCAAUGGUGAACCUGUGUGUGAACCACUUCAUGAACAUGUUCCAGUCCUCUUGGAGCAGCUUGGCUGAAAUUGAGACGAUCUUUUGUACAAUCAAAAACCCAACUUCAGAGUAUGUGAUGGAGCACUGGAAGGACGAUGACAUUUUUAGCUAUCAAUUCCUGAACGGAUGCAAUCCCGGGUUGAUCCAAAAGUGCACCAAACUUCCUGACAAGUUUCCUGUUACCAAUGAGAUGGUUGCUGCCAGCCUCAAGAGGAAUUUGACUUUGGAACAGGAAGUAGAGGCAGGUAACAUCUUCAUAGUGGACUAUGAAGUGUUAGAUGGCAUCAAACCCAACAGUACAGAUCCACAAACCCGACAGUACAUUACAGCUCCCAUCUGUCUUCUCUACAAGAACACACAGAACAAGAUCCUGCCCAUCGCCAUUCAGUUGGGUCAGACUCCAGGCGAAGACUGCCCCAUCUUCCUGCCCACAGAUGGCGAGUACGACUGGCUUCUGGCCAAGAUGUGGGUUCGCUCGUCAGACUUUCAGCACCACCAGACGGCCACUCACCUGCUGAGAACACAUCUGAUCUCAGAGAUGUUUUCCAUCGCCAUGUUCAGGCAUCUCCCUGCAGUCCACCCUGUCUUUAAGUUACUCAUUCCUCACGUCCGUUUCACCAUCGCUAUCAACACCAAGGCAAGAGAGGCCCUCAUCUGUGACCGUGGUCUCUUUGAUAAGGCAAACUCCAUCGGGGGAGGAGGUCAUGUGCAGCUGAUUCAGAAGGUGAUAAAGACGCUGACCUUCCGGUCACUCUGCUUCCCUGACAUGAUCAAAGCUUGUGGAAUGGAUGACAAGAAUUUGCCAUCCUACUUCUACAGGGAUGACGGCUACCAGGUGUGGGAGGCCAUAAAGAGCUUUGUCUCCGAUGUGGUUAAUAUUUACUACACCAGUGAUGAGAACGUUCGGACGGACCAGGAAAUCCAAGCCUUUGUUCAGGAUGUUUGCGACUUUGGUAUGAAGGACUUCAGUCACUGUGAAUUCCCCCGGUCCCUAAAGUCCUGCACGGAGCUGAUUGAGUACUUGACUGUCAUUGUGUUCACUGCUUCAGCGCAACAUUCAGCGGUCAACUUUGGACAAUACAACUGGUAUUCCUGGGUCCCCAACGCGCCAUCGACCAUGCGACAGCCGCCGCCCAACCGGAAAGGUUUGUCCAACAUGACCCUGAUCAUGGACAGCCUCCCUGACAGAGGACGCUCCAGCUGGCACCUGGGGGCCGUCUGGGCGCUCACACAGCACCAGGAGAAGGAGAUCUACUUGGGAUCUUACCCGGACCGGCACUUUACGGAGAAGCCGGUGAGGGCGGCCAUGGAGGAGUUCAGGAAGAAACUGGCAGACAUAAGCAGCGCCAUUAGGACGAGGAACGAGAAGGAGAUCUUGCCCUACGACCUCCUGUGCCCUGACAAAAUACCCAACAGUGUCGCUAUAUGAAGAGCGUUGUUCUUACAGUAUUGUUCCCCAAGUAGGGGUGUCCCCUUACAACGGUUUCACUCCGAACACCCAUAUUGGCUGAUACCCAUAUCGAUCAGCAGGACUCAUACAUACUUGUAUUAUUGUGUAGUGUGGCGGCCUGUGGUUAAGAAACACUGCUGGAAAAAGUUUGAUCAAGUAAAAUAACUCAAAGAACAAUGGUGGUUAUGAAAAACGUAUUUACCAUUUACCGUCCACAAAGGACCCAUGCUGUCUUUAAAUUAAGUUGGGGUGGUAAUUUUUUGUCAACACCUCGUGGUCAUAUUAUUUCACUAAUUCAAGCGCAUGAUGCGGACACACUUGUUACUGGGUACUUUCUACCGUAUUUUCCGGACUAUGAGGCGCACUUAAAAUCAUUUUUCCCCCCUUAAAACUCGACAGUAUAACCCGGUGAACCUAAUGUAAGGAAUACGUUUGGUUGAGCUUACCCACCUCGAAGCAAUUUUAUUUGGUACAUGGUGUAAUAAAUGUGACCAGUA